AUGGCUACCAACCGUAACAGCACUCCCGAUGGCUCUGCCUCUUCUCUUCGACCUCCUACCAACCGUGGUCAUCAUCUUCGUGCCUCUGCGGACAUGUCUGGGUUCACCUCUCCUCUCGCAAACUCGCGCCAAAUCCGUCCUGCUUCCGAAGUUUACUUGAAUGCUGGGACGCCACCAGCUCAAGGAUCUGAGGCUGAAGCUUAUGAUAAGGCUGCCCAAAAAUGGCUUGCUGAUCUUGAGUCCUACGAAAACACCCUCGAUGAGAUGGCUGCUGCGACUUUGGACCAAGAAUUCAAGGACGAAUUGAGCGCCAUCGAGCAAUGGUUUCGUGUCUUGAGUGCUGCUGAGCGUACUGCAGCCUUGUACGCCUUGUUGCAGCAGACGAGCCCAGUUCAAGUUCGCUUUUUCAUUGCAAUUCUCCAGCAGAUGGCCUCAAGCCAGUCUGACCCACUCUCGAACAGAAUGAGCGAACUAAUGGUCGGCGAGCAAUCUCGACACUCUUUCCCAUCUCGACCACCACCAUCCCCUACGACUUUGACCAAUCGGAACUCUCAGCUUGAUCCGGCGACUGUCAGCGCAAUGUUCCCAGAAGCUGCAGCCGCUUUGGCUACUCAAAGGGCUCGAUACAGCCAGGUUUCUGGUGUUACCCCUGGUACCAAGUCCAAUAGGAAUAGUGCUAUCUUUGAGACCAAACCUUCGAGCUCCUUGUCCACCAUGACUUUGGCAAACAACCCACCUGCUUCUCCUUGGAGGCGCGAUGAGAGCGUUCCACAACCUGGUGCAAACGGAAACGAAAACAGACCCAAGUCAGGACAAGAUAACAAACCUGCUUCUAAGGAAAGCAUGGGUAACUGGCAAGCCCCUCCACGUUCUGCAGGCAUACGUUCUCCAGGUGUUCCGACUACCGGGUCGAACUUGCAGACCACUACGAUUACUAGUGUCAAUGGUGGCAAUGGAAAUGUUGAGAUGCCUGAGCUUUCUCCCUUCCCACCUGGUGCCAACUGGGCGUCCAUGGUUAACACCCCUGUGGUACCAAUGUUUGGUAACGAUGCUAUGUCUGCCCAGGCCAAUGCUGAUAUGGUGGCCAAUGCUACCGCUAUGAAGCUUGCCGCCAUGUCCACUGUCAAUAACCGCUUCUUGAUCGACUCCGAUGUUCGCAAGUACCGUCGCUCCAAGCCCGAUGCCGCUAGCAUUCUUAGUCCUGGCCUCCCGCCAAACCAGCAACAGAUCCCGGCUAUUACGCAAAACGUUAUUAUGUAUAACGAGCGUGGACAGCCUGUCCAAAUUCCUGCCGCUGCAGUUCAGGUAGCUGCGGCCCAGCAGCAACUUGCUGGCCAACCUUCACCAGGCCUACAGAGCGCUACAUACGCUCACCUUACAUCACCUCAAAACAAUGGUUUCUUGACUCCAACCUACGGAUCCCCUCUUCUCAGUGGUCCCACGCUCUCUCUCAACCAGUUUGUCCAUGCUGGUAGUGAAGGUGGUUAUCACAGUGACCAUUCCGACCUGACUGGCCGUGGCCGAAGCCCACGAGGAGGUCGACGAGGAAGCAGCAAGCCACCAGAAGACCCAACUGAUAUCACCCUCUUGAACGAUAUUCCUGCUUGGUUGCGAAGCUUGAGGCUCCACAAGUACACCGAUAAUCUCAAGGAUCUCAAAUGGCAAGAACUUGUUCUGCUUGAUGACGAAGCCCUCGAGAAACGUGGGGUUGCAGCUGUUGGUGCCCGUCGCAAGAUGCUGAAGGUCUUUGAACAAGUCCGUGACGCUAAGACCGACGGCAAGUUGCCUGCAUAG